GGCAAAGUCUGGUUCCUUCAUCUCUCCUGAAACGCCACAAUGCUAGCAGGCAAGAAUAUACUCGUGACUGGCGCGAGCUCCGGCAUUGGCUUGGCGACGGCCCGAGUGCUGGCAACGCAUGGCGCGCGUGUGGCACUCACGGGUCGCAAUGAGGAGGCACUGCGCUCUGCGUUGAAGGGACCAGGUGCUAUUGCGAUCCCGGGUGAACUCACCAAGGCAGGCGAAUGCCAGCGGGUGGUUGAAGCUGCAGCCUCGGCGCUGGGGUCCCUGCACGGGCUUGUCAAUUGCGCUGGUGUGCUCAAGGGUGGCGCGGUGGGCUCGCCACAGUUCAACCUUCAAAAUUACCAGGACAAUUUUGCCAUCAACACCCAAGUGGUAUUCGAGAUGAUGCAGCAUGCUGUCCCGCACCUCAAGGCCACUGCACCGGGUACAGCCGGAUCAUCCAUCAUCAACGUCACCUCCGUCAACGCCAAGCAGUCAUUCGCCGCCUGCGCAGCCUAUUGUGCGUCCAAGGCAGCAGCUGAUAUGCUGACACAGUGCGCCGCCGUGGACUUGGCGGAGGAGGGUAUCCGCGUCAACAGCGUCAAUCCUGGCGUGAUUGUGUCCCAGUUGCAGAAGCGCGGGGGCCUGGACGAGGACCAGUACGCGGCCUUUUUGCAGCGCUCAGUCGACGUGACCCAUCCUCUCGCCAAGUUUCGAGGCAAGAUUGGACAGCCCGAGGAGGUUGGGGAGCUCAUUGCCUUUCUCAUGUCAGAUCACGCCUCCUUUAUCACGGGCGAGUGCAUUGCCAUUGACGGCGGCCGUCAACGUCUUGGCGCCCGAUAAGCUAUGUGUUG